UUCCCCUUCAUUCCCCACCUCCCGGGGCCCGCCCCGGGAGCGCGCGGUGGUUGGGCGCGCGGUCGUCCGCCUUCCCACCGCCCUCCCCAACUUCGGCUCACCCCUCGGCGUCCCCUCCGCGCGACUCCUCGUCAUGGCGGCCCUCAGCAAGUCCAUCCCUCACAACUGCUACGAGAUCGGCCACACUUGGCACCCGUCCUGCGGGGUUUCCUUCCUGCAGAUCACCGGGGGCGCCCUGGAGGAGUCCCUGAGGAUCUAUAUCCCUCUGUACUUGAUUGCAGCAAUUCUCCGGAAACGAAAAUUAGACUAUUAUUUACACAGACUACUCCCUGAGAUCCUACAGUCUGCUUCAUUUCUGACUGCUAAUGGGGCCUUGUAUAUGGCCUUCUUUUGCAUUUUAAGGAGGAUACUUGGAAAAUUCUACUCAUGGAGUCCUGGCUUUGGUGCCGCUUUGCCAGCAUCUUAUGUGGCUAUUCUGAUUGAAAGAAAAAGCAGGAGAGGGCUGCUCACAAUUUAUAUGGCCAACUUGGCCACAGAAACACUAUUUAGAAUGGGUGUAGCAAGAGGAGCCAUCACAACGUUAAGAAAUGGAGAAGUCCUUUUGUUCUGCAUCACAGCUGCCAUGUACAUGUUCUUUUUCAGGUCCAAAGAUGGUUUGAAAGGAUUUACAUUCUCAGCACUUAGGUUCAUUGUGGGGAAGGAAGAAAUUCCCACACAUUCUUACUCACCAGAGACAGCGUAUGCAAAAGUGGAACAAAAGGCAGAGAAGCAGGAGGAGAAAUCAGGAGGCAUGAAUAUAAUUGCUCUAGUCAGGAAGCUUGUGGAUUCAAUAUGUAAGCAUGGACCAAGGCAUAGAUGUUGCAAACACUAUGAAGAUAAUUGCAUCUCUUAUUGCAUUAAAGGUUUCAUCAGAAUGUUUAGUGUGGGAUACCUGAUCCAGUGCUGCCUCCGAAUUCCCUCUGCCUUUAGGCACCUGUUUACACAGCCAUCCCGGCUACUUUCUCUCUUCUACAAUAAAGAAAAUUUUCAGCUUGGAGCUUUUCUGGGCUCUUUUGUUAGUAUAUACAAGGGUACUAGUUGCUUCCUGCGCUGGGUCAGAAACCUGGAUGAUGAACUGCAUGCUAUUAUAGCUGGAUUUUUGGCAGGAGUAUCAAUGAUGUUUUAUAAAAGCACAACAAUUUCCAUGUAUUUAGCUUCCAAAUUGGUGGAGACAAUGUAUUUCAAAGGCAUUGAAGCAGGAAAGGUUCCCUAUUUCCCCCAUGCCGAUACGAUCAUCUAUUCCAUCUCUACAGCAAUUUGCUUCCAGGCAGCUGUCAUGGAAGUUCAGAAUUUGCGGCCAUCUUACUGGAAGUUCCUGUUAAGGCUCACUAAGGGCAAGUUUGCUGUCAUGAACCGAAAAGUCCUUGAUGUUUUUGGUACUGGUGCAUCUAAACACUUUCAGGAUUUUAUCCCUAGGUUGGACCCAAGAUACACAAGUGUAACACCAGAGUUGCCCAUCGAGCUUUCUUGAAGAUGACUGUAACUUAUCAAUGUGUCUUAACGUUCCAUUACUUUAUCCUGAAGAGUUAAUUAUGUCGAACACAAAGAAGGGGGCCUGAGCUUGAACUUCAGUGUUAUUUCAUGAGAGAUGCUCUUUCUUGUUUGUUUUUCUUACCAAUCAGAAAUACAGAAGCUUUUUAGGAAGGUGUUGCUUAAUAAUUAAGCUCCCUCUGUAGCCAGAAUCUGAUUCUAGACCACUGCAGUGGGUGACAUUAUGAUAUACUAUUGAUUAAGUUAUGUUCACAAGCAAUAUUAAAUAACCUAUGUAAAAAUAUAAGAUAUACUUAAAAUUACUUUAAAUGAUGAUUUUAGUUCAUUCCAGUAUAAUUCUUGGUUAAAACUAAGAAUAUUCUUACAUUUUAGGAUACAAAGCUCACAGGUACAUGGAUUUGGUCUGUAUUUUUUUUAAACUGUUCAAUUGGUAACUUUGGUAGUGAAACAUUAUGGGUAUGAAGUAACUCUUCACAGACAAUGCUGCUUUAGUGUAGAGCAAUGUAAGUGGUUUCUUACUUCAGGGAUUCAGAGACGGGUCUCUUACUGUGGGAUAAAUGCCGUGGUGUCCAUGUUCUUCUUCCAGCGACACCUUCAUCUCUCUCCGUGAUCAGCUGGGCUCUUUUGCAGCCCAGCGAACCGACGUCCUGACAGCAGGUUAGGUGCAAAUGGAAAUUGACAUAUCAGAUAAAGCUGAAAUGUAUGUUUUAAUCUUUUGCAGAAGUAUUACACUUGAAUAUUUAAAGCAAAUGAAGUUACUUUGAAACCUCUUGUAGGUUUAUUAUGUUUGUUUUCACUUAUAAGGACUGAAUUUUUCAUAGCUAAGUUUGUAGGCCAUUGUCGCUUUAGAAGGGAUCAAAAUUCUAUGGAACAAAAAUAGUUUUGGCAGGUUUGGCAGUUUUGUUUCAACUCUUUCAUCUAUAUAAUGGAUGUUUUACAACUGAAAACAAUAUAAAAAUCCAGGAGUUUUCAAAAGUUCAUUAUGUCACCAAUUGCAUUCAGGUUCUUUGGCCUCUUUUCAAGAAACCAUUGUCACCAUUUUUACUCCCUUUAGAAUAAAGAAGUGACAGAAUGUCACUGUUGAUUCUGAGUUAGUUCAAGACACCUGUGAUUGAAAAUAGAAUCAUGCUUUAAGAGUUUUUCAGGGAAAAGUUAUACUUUUCUAAGUUAAUCAAAGGCUUAAAUGGUUGUAAUAUGUACGGUUAAUAUAAGGAUGAUGGUAUAUUUUUAAAUAUAAUUUUAUUGCUGAAAAGUUUUGGGCAAUUGUAAAUUAAUUAUGCAGUGUAACUUGAGUUGUAACAAGAAUUACAACUCAGACUUUAAAAAUGCUUACUCCUCCAUGUUCAGUUUCAUCAAGCCUUGCAUACUUCUGUUUACAUGUCAUCCUACCCGUGGUUGUUAUGGCAAAUUGAAACCCAACAAAAAGACAGACUCUGGUACUAUGGUAACAGAGAGAGACACUUUAAUUUGGUCAAAAUUUACAUUGCGAUGAACUUUUAAAAAAUGAUUUGUCUUUUAGGCAAUACUGCUAAAAGAUCAUUUUGGUUUCAGGCUUCAAAAUUGAUUAAUAAAUUAGGUUUUAAGUUUUCACUGGAAUCAAAAUGAUGAUUAGUACCGUGGUUACUUUUAGAAAUGGAGUGUGACAGCCGGGGAGAAAGCCUGCUACCUGUACCUCAUUUUCUCCACUUAGAAAUUAUGUUUAUAGCAUUGACCUGGCAGGUGAAAAGAAAAAACAUUUUAAUCCAUGAGCUGUUGUUUUCAUUGACAUGAAAAGGCUAUGAUAUCAAAAGACAAAUUCUACUGAAGUUUGAUGAAAUUGGUAAAAUUUUACUAGUUAAAAGGUGCAUUUCUGUGAUUUACUUUUUUUUUCUUUUACAAAUGACAGUCAUCUUUUAUUUUAUAUAAAAUGUAAAAUGAAAUAACCAUCAUGAAGCAGAAUACAGUAAUUAAUGUAUAGCUCGAAUGGUUACUUAACUAAUUUGCAUGGGUGAACAGAGAAAUCCAAUUUGAUUUCAUUAGCACAGACUGCAAAGUGUGGUGGUUUGAGCAAACACGAAGCUGUUUUUGCGUUCCUGAAGACAAUCAGAAUGAAUCUCUCUCUACCUCUGAUUAAUCAGGUAUUGAUUGACAACUGGCAUCAUAAAUAAAGUCAAAUAGAUAUCUCCAUUCCAAAA